AUGGACGAAGCGAAAAGAUACACUAAACUAGAGAAAUUAGGUGAAGGAGGUUUCGGAUCAGUUUAUAGAGCAAAAGAUGAAGUUAAUAACAACAUUGUUUCAAUGAAAGUGAUUCCUUUGGACAUGGAGAUUGAUGGAAUUACAUCUUCAUGUUUACGUGAAAUAUCAGCAAUGAAAGCAUUCGAUCACCCGAAUAUAGUUAAAUGCUUAAAUACAAUCGUUACUUCCGAAAAAGCAGUAAUCAUUUCCGAAUUCAUGGAAAUGUCUCUAAGAAAGUUCCUAUGCAUGAAAUCACCAAUGGAUCCAGAAUUAGUUAGAUCAUAUUCAUAUCAAAUGCUAUGCGGAAUUGCUUAUAUGCAUUCUCAUCACUAUUUACAUCGCGAUAUCAAACCAGAAAAUUUACUAAUCAAUCGAACAGGAAUGUUAAAAAUAGCAGAUUUUAGUUUAGCGCGCUCAUUCGGUAUACCAUUAACUCAAAUGACCCCGAAUGUUACAACAUUAUGGUAUCGACCACCUGAAAUUGUUUUAGGUUCUACAUUCUACGAUAUUGGAAUUGACUCAUGGAGCGCUGGAUGCGUUAUCGCUGAAAUGAUCAAGAAAUCUCCUUUAUUCGUUGGAGAUAGUGAUUUAGAUCAAGCAUUUGGAAUUUUCAAGAUUUUAGGAACUCCUGAAGAAUAUUGGCCAGAAAAUGCAGUGAUAUCAGCUGAUGUAUUUCCAGAAAUGGAAAAGAAAGACCUAGGUGGGGUUCUUAACAUUCAAGAUCCGGAUUUAAUAGACUUAAUUACCAAAUUAUUAUCAAUUGAUCCAAACAAGCGUUUAACUGCUCGUGACGCAUUAGAUCAUCCUUAUUUCAGCAAGAUUUCACCUCAAUUGGCUGAUUUCUGUCGUCCUUCUUUCGAUUAA